AUGUCGGCAACUACCUUCAAUCCUGACAAGGACAUGCCCGACAUGUCGGGCAAAGUCAUUCUCAUUACCGGCGGCACCGCGGGUCUUGGGGCCGAAAGCGCGAAGCGACUGGCUAAGAAAUCACCGGCGCACAUCUACAUCAGUGGUAGGAACGCCGCCGCUGCGGACAAAGUCAUUCAGGAAAUCCGACAGGCGGGCAGCAAGACAGCGGUGACUUUUCUCAAAUGCGACCUCGCCUCGCUGGAAUCGGUUAAGCAGGCCGCAGAGAAGGUUCUCAAAAGUGAAUCUCGCCUCGAUAUCCUGAUGUGCAACGCAGGCAUCAUGGCUGUGCCGCCGGGGCUCACGACAGACGGGUACGAGAUCCAAUUCGGUACCAACCAUCUAGGCCACGCGCUACUCAUCCGGAAGCUGCUGCCACUUCUUGAGGCGACCGCAGCAGCAGCAGAUGUACGAGUCAUUAUUCUCACCUCGGUGGGGUACAAGUUCGCCCGAGGCAUCAACUUCGACGAGGUACGCAGCCGCCAGGAGGGCACACUUGGUUCGUGGAUGCGCUACGGUAGAAGCAAGCUGGCCAACCUGCUGUAUGCGAGCGAGCUGGCACGCCGCUACCCGGCCUUGACAAGUGUGUCUUUGACACCUGGAGUGGUCAGCACAGGCCUGGUUGACAACCUCAGCCGAUUCAAUCGUGCCUUUGUCUAUGUGACGAACAUAGGCCAGGUUGUGAAGCCCGAGAAAGGAGCCUACAAUCAGCUCUGGGCUGUGAGCACUUUGAAGAAUGGCUUGCAAAAUGGCCAGUUCUAUGAACCGGUCGGGGCACUUCCCAACAACCUAUCUGACGCGGCCAAGGAUGCGAAGUUGGCUAAGCAGUUGUGGGAAUGGACCGAAACGGCCAUAAAGGCAUAUAUGUAA